CAGCUUUUCCGAUCGUCCCAUCUCUAAUAAAAAUAGUUUCUCGUGGGCAUCCACAAUUAUCUUGGAUUUUUAACCCUUUUUGCCACGUAAAUUGAAAUAAAACUAGUGCCAGAUCCCGGCAAGAUGAUAAUCUACACGAACGAAGGCAAUCCGCUGGGACUGCAGCUGCUGAUGCUGGCCAAAUUCGCCAAGCGGCCGUUGCAGAUGCAAUUGGUUAACCUAAAUGAUGCCAAGUACAAGGAUUUGCUGGUGCUGCCCACUUUGGAACUGGACAACGGGCUGCGACUUUUCUCGCCGGCUGCCAUUGCCAAAUAUCUUCUCGUGGACGAGGGGCAGCUGCGGGAUGAGUGGCUGGAGUGGUCUGCCACGUUGCUGGCUCCCGCUUUGGCCCACCACAUGGCCGUGGGCCACAAGGCGGAUGCCAAUGCGUUGCCCGUGCUGAACGCUCUGGUCAAGAAGCUGGAUGACAGCCUCAAAUCCUCGCCCUUCCUGGCUGGCGACAAACCCAGUGCCGCCGACAUCGCCGUAUGGUCGCUCCUGGCUCCAGACGGCACCCUCAAGGGCGCCCAGAACGUGGACAGCCUGAGGGAUUGGUAUGGUAGGAUCAAAGCCCUGCCUGAGGUGCAACAAGUCCUGGUCGAGCAGCCGCUUAAGGAUCUCACCUUCAAUGCGCUUCAGCAGUCCAAUCGGUACGGCGGAUUGCAUCAUGUCCCACUGAAACGCCUCAGCCUGGCUGAUGCGGGCAAGCUGUUGGUGGAUACCACGCCCACGGUGGCGGAUACUGUUACGGAUGAGGAGAUCUCGGCGGCACAAGCUGCUUUCACAUACACAGCUCCCAAGGAAAUAAAGGAGGAGCGAACUGUGCUUCCCAAAGCUGGUGAGCGCAACGUGCUCAUCACCUCGGCUCUGCCGUACGUCAACAAUGUGCCCCAUUUGGGCAACAUCAUUGGUUGUGUCCUGUCAGCGGAUAUCUAUGCCCGUUACUCGCGUUCCGCUGGAUACAACACACUGCUGAUCUGCGGCACGGAUGAGUACGGCACAGCCACGGAGAAUAAGGCCUUAGCCGAGAACCUCACUCCUCGAGAGAUCUGCGACAAGUACUUUGAACUGCACAACGCCAUCUACCGCUGGUUCGGCAUUGGCUUCGAUUACUUUGGACGCACCACCACCCAAGAGCAAACAGACAUUGUGCAGGAGGCUUUCAAGGAUGUCCUGAAAGCUGGCUACAUUAUCACAGAGAGCGUGGAGCAGUUGCUGUGCCAGAAGUGCGAUCGCUUCUUAGCUGAUCGAUUUGUGGAGGGCACCUGCCCGCAUCCUGGGUGUGGCUACGAGGAUGCCCGUGGCGAUCAGUGCGACAAGUGCGGCAAGCUGGUAAAUGCCACCGAACUGAUCCGACCCCGUUGCAAGGUGUGCAACAGCGCCCCUGUGCUGCGUUCCUCCGAUCAGUUGUUCAUCGAUCUGCCAAAGUCGGAAGCACAGCUCAAGGAAUGGGUGGACAAGUCGGAGGGAGGAUGGACCCACAACGCCAAGGUUAUAACGAGGGCGUGGCUAAAGGAGGGUCUCAAGCCGCGAUGCAUAACCCGCGAUCUGAAGUGGGGAAUCCCAGUACCUCAUGAGGGUUUCGAAAAGAAGGUAUUCUACGUGUGGUUCGAUGCUCCGUUCGGUUAUGUGUCCAUGACCAAGCGCUACACCAAGGAGUACCAGCAGUGGUGGCAGCCAGCCAAGGGCACGGACGUGGAGCUCUUCCAGUUCAUGGCCAAGGACAACGUGCCAUUCCACUCGGUGGUGUGGCCCAGUGUCCUGCUAGCCAUCAACAAGGGCCACACGCUGGUCUCCCACAUCAUGGCCACCGAGUAUCUGAACUACGAGGACGGCAAGUUCAGCAAGAGCCGUGGUAUUGGUGUCUUUGGCAACGAUGCUCAGGAGACGGGCAUUCCGGCUGAUGUCUGGCGUUUCUAUUUGGCCUCCGCCCGGCCCGAAGGUCAGGACUCCAGCUUCAGUUGGAACGAUCUCGCUGCCCGCAACAACUCCGAGUUGCUGAACAACUUGGGCAACUUUGUGAACCGCGCUCUGGUCUUCUGCGAAAAGAACUUCAACAGCACUGUCCCAGAGGUGGCUGCCACUCAGGACGAACUUGUGCUGCUGGCCUUGAUCAACCGUGAGCUACGCGGUUACAUCAACUCCCUGGAAAAGACGAAGCUGCGUGAUGGCAUCCGUCACCUGCUGGCUAUAUCUCGACAUGGCAACGGUUACAUGCAAGCCCAGCAACCUUGGGUGCUGCUUAAGGGCAGCGAUGAUCAAAAGAAGCGUGCGGCCACCAUAAUUGGUCUGUGUGCCAACAUUGCCUGCCUCUUGGCCAAUCUCCUCUUCCCUUACAUGCCAUCUACGGCCAGGACAUUGUUCGGUCAGCUCAACGCUAAACAGACGCCACUCAAUGCGGAAAAACCUCUGGCCACUUUGCUACUCCCCGCUGGUCACAAAAUCGGCAAACCUGCUCCACUGUUUGCCAAACUUGAGCAGUCGUUCAUCGAUGAACUCAAGAGCAAGUACGGCGGAGCCCAAGAAACAAAAACUGCUGUCCAAGGUCAAACCAGCGCAGCGGAUUUGGAGCAAGCUGUGCAGGCUCAGGCGGAUAAAGUGCGUCAGCUGAAGGCGAGCACCAAGGACAAGGCUGUGUGGCAACCGGAGGUGACCAAACUGCUGGAACUCAAGAAGCAGCUGGAGCAGGCUAAGAAGUCCGCUCCUGCUUCUGCACCCGCUACCGCUCGUACUCCCACGAAUGGCCCACAAUCAGUGCAAGAUCUGGAGAAGGCUAUCCAGGAGCAGGGUGACAAGGUGCGCAAGCUGAAGGGCAGCACAAAAGACAAAGCAGUGUGGCAGCCAGAAGUAAACAUUCUGCUGGACCUCAAAAAGAAACUGGAAGCGGCACAAAAAGCAGCCAAGGCAGCUCCUGUCGCCGCAGCUCCUGCUCCUGCUGCCUCCCCCUCUGCAGACGCUGCCCAAGUCAAAGCAUUGGAAGACAAAAUUGCUCAGCAGGGCGAAAAGGUCAGGACCCUAAAGGCCUCAGGCGAUGCCUCCGUGUGGAAGCCCGAAGUUGACACCCUGGUCGCCCUGAAGAACCAACUGGCGGCACUGACUGGAGUCCCAGUCGCUGGUGGUCAGAGCAAGGGCAAGAAGAAGAAGUAGGGCUAAGGCCAAUCGCGUUUCAUAACUAUUAACCAUGCUGGACAUUUUUUACCUCAAAUCUUCUAAUCACGCAUUCGAUGGCAACCCUUAGUCACGAACUGGCACAGUUCUAUUCAUCUCUUUUAAGUUAUGCGCUUGCAUUUAAAAAACUUUCGUUUUUAUUCGAAGUAUGGCUAAAUAUUCAGUUAGUAAUUUAUUGAGUUUGUGAAGAAAACAUUAAAUCCAUUGACUUUCAAA